GGAAACCAGAUGUGAUGAAAAUUGCUGACAUAACUAAGACUACCAAACGCAGCACAAUCAAAGGUAAAAUUAUAAGGAGUUGGUCAGUGACGGAUUUCAAGAAGGCCGAUGUUGUGAAUAGCAUGGAUAUUGUGCUGAUGGAUAUUCAGGGAGGAAAAAUCCAAGUUUCUUGCAAGAAAUCCUUAAUGUCGACUUUUUCUGGAAAUUUGAGUCACGGGAUGUCCAUUGAGAUUACAAAUUUCGGAGUGUGUGAAAAUACCGGGCUAGAUCGACCUACUAAGCAUUGUUUCAUGAACACCUUAACUAUUCUUCUCACAUUGAACAGUGCGAGGCCUUGGAAAUUGACUUGCAUGGAUGGGAUUUAGUUUCUUUUAGCGAUUCAUUGUCUAAAAAAGAGUCUGAUGUUUAUUUGCUAGGUAAGUUUUAAUUUUGAUUCAGUGUAACUAAAAAAAAACUAC